UUUUGGUCCAUGUUAAUACAUAAUCCGUUUAAGACUUUCAUUUAAAACAAAUGAAUUAUAUGUCAAUCUCAUGAACUAUUUUUCCUGUCCGCAAAUAAUCCUCCCAGUUUUCCUCGCGACCACACGAUACGCUUUUCCCAAUGACUGCAAACGAAAAACUUCAGAGAGAGUUCUUGGAAAGAAACUUGAAGUCUUGCAGCUGAAAAAAGAGCCAUGCAUCCCCUAUGAGUAUAAACAACGAAAAACCUUUCUAGAGCUGGCAUCUUUCCUAUGUCAACACUUCUGCAAAUCUCCAUUAAUUUCUCCGCCGCUCUCAGCGGUUUGCAUGACGACCCAUGUAAAAAAACGCAAUGCUGUUUUGGGUGGAAGCUGCUUCAACCCGUUAACUGUUACUACUCACUCUUGCGAACAAAGAUGGGCUGUGUUCCUGAAAAUGGGCUCGCAGUGGCAGAGGGGGGUUUCGGAGAGAGAUGGUCUUUCAUGGGGUUGGGCGGGAGCAGGGGCGUAGGUGGGAUUUUGAGCAGAAAGGAGGAGUGCAGGAGAAAGAAGAGGGGGGUUGUAGUUAGAUUUAAGCAGGGGUUUGGGCUUAAUGGAGGAGGAGGAGGAGGAGGAGGCGGCGGCGGCGGUGGGAGAGAUAACAGUGCUAAUGCAAGGCUCUUGGGUAAUCUUGCUUUGGCUAUUGGCCUCACUUAUCUCUCCAUGACUGGCCAGCUUGGUUGGGUUUUGGAUGCAAUUGUUUCCAUUUGGCUUCUUGCAGUGCUUCUGCCAAUUUUGGGUUUAGGAGCUUUUCUAUGGUGGGCUGGAAGGGAUAUAAUUCAAAGCAGUUUGAUCGAAUUGCCCUCACAUUAUCUGGUGUAUAUGCAGUGCCCGAACUGUGGAAAUAAUUUUCAAAUAUUCAAUGUAAUCUGUUACAGAUCGUCUUUGAAUGAUGAAUUGCAGCUGUGUCCCUUCUGCAGUCAACCAUUCUCAGUGGUGGGCAAUAAGUUCGUGAAAGAUUCCACAAAUUUCUCCAACCAAUCUUCGACAUUUGGACAAAUGUUCAAUGACUUCUCUCCUCACACCAAGAAAGGUAAGGAUUCUUCUGCUGCAGUUGUUGAUGUUGAAGCAGACAUUAAAGAUGCAGACUGAGGCUGCUUACCCUGAAUCAGCUCAUAUGCAUGAACUGAAUGAAACUCUGAAAGAAUGAACCCAUCACGCUGGAGUAGGACUGCAGGAGUGCGCUCUCUAGCGAGCAAAUCAACUUCUCAACUGUAUUUUGACCUGUCUAUUAUUUAUUGGGAAUUUUUUCUUUUUCCUGUGGUCUUGUGCUUGUAAAUUUCUUGAGAUUGUAUGCAGGAAGAAAAAUUUCUUGAGAUUGUAUGUGGACACUAUCUAAAGAAAAUUUUGAUCAA